UGUUUUGUUAAAGGGUAUUCGUUUAUUGUAAACGCUUCGCAUUGUGGGUGCAAAAAUCUAAGUCCAUGUUAUGAAGAAAUGCUAAAUAGCCUUCUAGAUGUUGAUGAAGAUCCGUGUGUUGAGAAUGUUGCCAUAGGAGCGAGUACUAUAAUUGUAUAUUUGCAAGCUCUCAAGCAAUUUUGUGGACACGCUAUUAAAGUGGACGAGGAAAAUGCCACGUUUGAGGGUAGAACGCUUUAUGAAGUUGUGCUCAAUACAACAGAAGAAGUGGAAAGACAGUCGAAACCUGUAAUCGUGAUAGAGGCUGGUCAGGAGGCUGGUUCUGGGCCUGUGAUGCUGGCUCUUUUUAUCAUAGAACAGAUCGUUGCGUGUGAAGAGUAUAGUGAAAUGAUGGACAAGGUCACUUGGGUGAUUCUGCCUUGUACAAACCCAGAUGGACAGGAAUACCUCCGAUGUGGACAGGAGCCAUGGCACAAAAACCGGAAACCUCUUCAGAAUAAGCUUACUUACGGUGUGGAUAUUAGUCGUAAUUUUGACGAUUCUUGGACCACUUGCCCAGUAUCAGAUAAUAUAUUCUCGUCCAAUUAUCCAGGACCUUCAGCCGCAUCCGAAAAUGAGACUCAAUUCAUAAGCAAUGUCUUAGCGAAAUAUAAACAAGACCUGAAAGCUUACGUAUCCAUUAGACGCGAUGGGCAUUCCAUAUUAUAUCCAUUUGCCAGUAAAGCUGUGACUAGAACAGACCUUGAAAAAGCGCAAAGUACAGCAGGAGAAAUUGCAGGGAAAAUAAAUCAGAGAGCUGGAAACAUACAAUGGUUUCUAAAUUCAAGUAUCUUUGAUAUGAAUGGCGAGGCGCGGUGUGGCCACAGUGUUGACUAUGCGUACAACAAACUCGGAAUACCAUACUCUUACGAAAUGCGAGUCUUUCCUGAUUCUACUACUCGCAUAAUGUCAAAGUUUCAGACAUUCCCUAAAGGUUACGAAACCUCCUUGCGAAAUGGCUAUUUUAGUGGUAUAAGGGAGCUCUAUAAUAUAGUAGUCAACGAGAAAGCGCGCUAGUUAUUAGUGUUGCGUAAUUUCAGCUAUAAUAUUGGAAAACUGUAUCUAGCCUGUUAACUAGAGAAAUAUUAACAUAUUUAUAAUAGAUAUAGUGUGGGUAAAUUACUGAUGAUGUGAAAAUAAAUAAUUGUUAUAUAAUGCAACAUUUAUGUAGCACAUAUAGGUAUAUCUACGAUGUAGGAGUCACUUAUCCAGUUUUGGGUAGGAUGUCGGUCAUGCGCGGUGGAUGGUGGUGUUUGCGCUUGCGUUAGGGGUGGGGCCCGUGGCUGUUCAGCCCGCUGCCAUUCUACAGUCAGCCGCGGCGGCGGCAGGCCGGGUUUCCCGAAACCUCCAGCAGUAGUCCACCGCGAUAACUCUGCCGCCGCACGCGCUAAGUUAUUUUCUAUUCGUUCGUUAUUUUACAUUUCUUUUUCGCGUUUUAAUUUGUGCGUUUUCUGUAUGUUCUUUAAUUUAUUAAAUAUUUCAAUAUUAAAAUACGUUUCGAUA